AUGUUUCAAACUAAAGAUUUUGGAAUCUUGUGGUACUUCUUGGGCGUUGAAGUUAUGUAUUCAAAAGGAAUUUUCUUUUCCCAAAGGAAAUAUGUUCUCGAUCUAUUGAGUGAAACUGGUAUGAUGGGAUCCAAACCAUGUGAGACUCCUAUGAAGCCUGGAGUUAAGCUAACAGUGAAUGGAGCUCCUUUCUCAGAUCCACAGAAGUAUGUAAGAUUGGUGGAAAAAUUGAAUUGCUUAACUGUUACGAGACCUAAUAUUGCUUUUCCUGUAAGUGUUGUAAGUCAAUUUAUAUUUAUGUCUUCCCCCAAUAAUGCUCACUGGGAAGCACUAAUCCGCAUUGUUAAAUAUCAGAAGAAAGCUUCAGGAAAAGGAAUUGUGUACCAAGAUCAUGAGCAUAUGCAAGUGGAGGCUUUUUCGGAUUCAGAUUGGACAUGA